AUGGCCCGAAAGAAGAGGAUAUCCAAGAACUGUAAAUGGGCCUCGCUUUCCGGCCCGGCCCGUUUCUUCGACUCCGACGAGACGCCUGACAUGAGCGUCCAGUCGUAUCUGGAGAGGAUUUUCCGCUACACGCGUGCCGGCCCGCCGGUUUACGUCGUUGCUUACGUGUACAUCGAUAGGUUCUGCCAGCUGUACCCGGACUUCCGGGUCGGGGCCCGAAAUGUGCAUAGGCUGCUCAUCACCACUAUCCUUGUCGCCUCCAAAUAUGUUGAGGACAUGAAUUACAGAAAUUCAUAUUUUGGUAGAGUUGGGGGAUUGGGCACAAAAGAGAUGAACAAAUUGGAGUUUGAAUUUUUGUUCUUGAUGAAAUUCAAAUUGCAUGUGAAUGUGAGUGUUUUUGAAAGCUAUUGCAGCCAUUUGGAGAGGGAAGUUAGCAUUGGAGGAGGUUACCAAAUUGAGAGGACUUUAAGGUGUGCUGAGGUGGAGAUUAAGUCUAGACAAACCCAAGACUCAACAUACAAUGAUCAACCUACUAGAAUUUUGCUCUAA